AAAAAAUUAUUGUCUUUUUUUGAGGGGUUUACUUUUAUACUAGGGUUUUGCCAAUCCUCUAAACCCCUAAUCACCUCAGCACCAGUUUCGACCAUUUGCAAUGGCCUUCGUCUCUAGCAUUCGACGCGUUCUUGGCGGAUCUUCUUCUACGUCCUCGAUUCUUCAAUCGCAGUACGUUUCAAUUCGCUGCAAUACAACUCUCACUUCCCCAAAGCUCUUUAUCAGCGGUCUUUCCCGAUUAACAUCAGAUGAAAAGCUUAAAGAGGCAUUUUCUCCUUUUGGCCAGAUUGUUGAUGCAAAGGUCGUAACUGAUAGAGCCACUGGAAGAUCAAAGGGGUUUGGGUUCGUUACAUAUACAUCCAUAGAAGAAGCUGAUAAGGCUAGGGAAGGAAUGUAUGCCAAGAUGUUGGAUGGAUGGGUUAUUUUUGUCGACCCUGCCAAACCGAGGGAGACUAGACCUCCACCUCAACCACAGCAAGAGCCUUCUGAAACAGGUUUCAGAACAAACAAGACCAUUGGAUGGUGUGGAUAAAUGCAUUAGAAGCUUUGGUCGUAUCUCAUUGGGAUGGAAGCUUUCUUUAAGGCUAUACCACCCAUCAAUUAACCAAUAUCCUUGUUGGAUUGGUGAGAAUGGUACACUAUUGGGUUAACUAUUGGAAAAAAUGAAACCUAUUGACUUUUGUUACUUUAAUUCAUUGUUGGCCCAUUGCUGUUGGGCUUUGUUAUUUCUGUUGUGAUAUAAUUCUGAUAUUUGAUCA